AUGUGUCCAGAUGUUCGCUAUAACUAUGAAUGUUGCUCAUUCUUUACCUUCUUAGACUCCUUGGUUGACAAUGCAGAUGAUGUAAAGGAGCUUAGAUUAACCGGGGUAUUCAAAAAUUUGCUUAGAAAUGAUGAAGAAUUGGCAAGGCUCAUAAAUGAUUUGGGAGAUGAUUUGCCAACAAAGAUGCCUUGUAGCAUAAACUACACAAAUGCAGUGGCUUACAGUAAAAAAUAUAUUGGCAUGAAGCAAGAAAUUGAAAAACAUUACAAAAACAAAUGGAAGACAUGGUUGGCACAAGCUUACAAUACACAUUUUGAUACACCAUGGAGUAUGAUUGCCUUUUUAGCUGCAUCACUAGCAUUUCUUACAGCAAUUCAAACCUAUUUUACCAUUUUUCCUAAAGAGUAA